AUGUGAUCCAUUGUAUCAUUUGUUGAUCUCUUCAGCGAAGUUACAUAGGUCUUAGUUAUGCGUGUUUAAAUGUUUGAUGCUGUUCAAUAAGUUUCAAUGUAGAUGACUUGGACUAGGGAUUAAAAUUCUCUCUUCUGCUGAAAAGGAGUUAUUUUAGGAUAAACAAUUGGAAUACUACGGUCUUACUACCACUUGAUACUAAAAUGGUCUUGGGAGCAAUAAAAAACAGCAGAUUGACACGUGGAGGUGUUGGACCAUACACAGUGUGUUUACUUUGAUGGACAUUAAGACGUCUUUGAAGUGAUUUCAUAACACGCCGCGCCUUGUUUUAUUCUACAGCUAGAGUGUUGAAUUGUUCCAGCACCUGUUAAGAGUUGAUGGGUAGUCUGGAGACCAUGGCAGUGAUUGUGAACAGUUAUGUGGGCAUCAUCCCCAUCUAUGACAGUUUAGACAGAGCUGGCAUCAGAGAACUCUCAGGGAGCGUCAAAGUGAAAGCCAUGACAAAAAAAGUUCAUGAUUUGAGCUCCAGAUUUCCUAAAAUAGACGACUGUGCUCACUUCCAUUAUGAUUUUAUAGAGCUCGGACCUCUUCAGGUGUCACUACUUCCUGGUCACCGCGAUAGUUACAAACACAAUGAGGACGGCACUAUGACACCUCUCUACUUUAUUAAAGUCUCUUCUAAUGAGAAAAUGUGGACUUUAAAAAGAACUUUUGAAAAUUUCCGCCUGUUAGACAAGCAGCUGCACAAAUGUAUAUAUGAUCGCAAGUUCAGCAAGCUGCCAGAGCUCCGUAAGGAAGACGGAGAUGAGGAAAAUUUAGAGGGCAUUCCAGAGAAGCUAGCUGCCUACCUGAACAAAUUCAGUGAGAUAGCAGGCAACAUGAUCAGCUGUGGACCAAUACUGAACUGGUUGGAGAUGGAUAACCAUGGCAACCGUCUGUUAAUAACCUCCAGUGAUGACAGUGACAUCAAUAUCCCAGCCAUUGCGGCAGCACACGUAGUGAAGUCACACAACGCCCAGGCCACAGACGAACUCUCUCUCAAAGUUGGUGACUUUGUAUCUGUGAUAGACAUGCCUCCAGUAGAGGACACAGUAUGGUGGAGAGGAAAGAAGGCUUCAUUUGAGGUUGGUUUCUUCCCAGCAGAGUGUGUAGAAAUCAUUGGCUCUGACAACAAGAUGCCACAAACAGUGGAGGCUAAGCUAGCAGAAGCACAAAAACCAGUUUUACAGCGCAGAGGCAAGGUGAUAUCAUUCCUGUCCCGUUUCUUCACGCAUCGUCCCACUAGGAACGCCCUGAAGCAGACGGGAAUCGUGAAGGAGAGAGUGUUUGGUUGUGAUCUUGGUGAACAUCUGCUCAAUUCAGGACUAGAAGUGCCACAGGUGCUCCAGAUUUGCAGCGAAGUAAUAGAGAAACAUGGUAUUGUAGAUGGUAUAUACAGACUGUCUGGAGUGGCAUCUAAUAUACAGAAACUCAGGCUAGCGUUUGAUGAAGGGACAGCUCCUGACCUGAAGAUAGAGACCCAGAAAGACAUCCACAGUAUCAGCUCUUUACUGAAGAUGUACUUCAGAGAGUUACCCAACCCUCUCCUCACCUAUCAACUCUACUCGAAGUUUGUGUCUGCAGUUCAUGUAUCUAAUGAAGAUGAGAAGUGGCAGGGAGUGAGAUCUACACUACAGCAGCUACCCCCUCCACAC